UUCCUCCAGCUCCUACCUAUUUUUCGCUGACCGGAAAGGCGAGGAUGGUGGAUGCUUUCUGUGCCACCUGGAAGCUGACAGACAGUCAGAAUUUUGAUGAGUACAUGAAGGCUUUGGGUGUGGGCUUUGCCACCAGGCAAGUAGGAAAUGUGACCAAACCAACGGUGAUAAUCAGUCAGGAAGGCGGCAAAGUAGUGAUCAGGACCCAGUGCACCUUCAAGAACACAGAGAUCAGUUUCCAGCUGGGAGAAGAGUUUGAGGAAACCAGCAUAGAUGACAGGAACUGUAAGUCUGUUGUUCGGCUGGAUGGAGACAAACUUAUCCAUGUUCAGAAAUGGGAUGGCAAAGAAACAGACUGUGUAAGAGAAAUUAAGGAUGGCAAAAUGGUUGUGACUCUUACCUUUGGCAAUGUUGUUGCGGUACGCUGUUAUGAAAAGGCAUAGAGAAGAUGAAGGUUCUCUGAAAGUUCAGUUUGCUGGAGUCUCAGAGUUCACCACCUACUGUAGCUCUGGUCACUCAUUAGACAUUAGAAGGUCAUCUUUGGUGUGGAAGCAGAAAAUUAUAACUUAAAGAUAUUCUACUCCAAGCAGCUCAUUGAAUUUUAAUAUGCAAA